UUUCGCUUUUCCCUGCGCUUCUCCGGAGUGCCAGGUCUGUCCUUCGUGGCAUUUUGUCCAUGUGUCUGUGUCGUGCUCCCCUGAACCGAUUCGCAGCCCUUUCCGGAUUGGCAUCCGCGCCGCAGCCCGGAUUCGCCGUCGCAGCGCUGGAUGCAGGCGGCUCGGUGCGCCCCGGGACCGGGAUGCGCGCUUUUUUGGCGAGCGGGGCAGGGCGCCGCAAUGGUGGCUAGCGAAUGUGCGGGUCGGGGUGCCCCCCCGGUCUGCCGAGUCUCCAUGGGUAGCUCACGAAGGGCAUUUUCUUUUGUUCACGUCUGCUUUGCGAUGCACCCUCCGGAGGCUGCCCGCCCGAAAUGCCAGACCUCCAGCCGGGGAGGAAGUUGGAUGUGUGGCUGGUUGUGAGCUGGGCCGGCAGGGAGGCCUCGGGAAGGUGGAGACAUUUUUGAGAGUCGGCGCACAAGUUUUGGCCAUCGUGGGGCAGGUCCUGACGACCCUUCUCCCGGCUGUGCGCCCAGCCUCGUGCGCGCGUGUGAGCGUGCGGACGUGUCCGGCUUGCUCGUUCGUUUCUUGAGGCUUUGGUUGCUUUGUUGGUGGCAGAGGAGGAGAAGUUCCAGCCGGGCGAGACAGAGCGGGCCUCCCAGGCAAAGCCGUCCCGCCAGGGCCCUAGCUUGUAUUAGCAGCACUUGGGUAGGAGCUGGCGAAGGCCCGCGCGCCCCCCAGCCGUGGGGACUGGUGCCCGCCCCCGCCUGCCCCCGCGGGGGACCGUCUGCCACCCGCCAGCCUGGAGCAUCGUCUUCACGCCCCCUCGGGCAGCUGCGGCCACCGGGCUUCCGAGGCCCGCCUGAUGGCGGAACCGCGCUUUAACAACCCCUAUUUCUGGCCACCCCCUCCCACCAUGCCCAGCCAGCUGGACAACUUGGUUCUAAUCAACAAAAUCAAGGAGCAGCUCAUGGCAGAGAAGAUCCGACCGCCACACUUGCCCCCGACCUCCGUGGCGUCCCAGCAGCCUCUCCUGGUGCCCCCCUCGCCUGCCGAGAACAGCCAGUCCAUCAUGUCCAUUCCCAAGCUUCAGCAAGUCCCCGGGCUGCACCCCCAGGCCGUCCCCCAGCCCGACGUGGCCCUGCACGCACGCCCGGCCACCAGCACCGUCACGGGUCUGGGGCUGGGCUCCCGGGCCCCAGCUGUCAGUACCUCAGAAUCCAGCGCUGGGACGGGAACCAGCACCCCCUCCACGCCCACCUCCACCAGCCAGAGCCGCCUCAUCGCCUCCUCGCCCACCCUUAUCUCAGGAAUCACCAGCCCCCCGCUGCUGGAAUCCAUCAAGACCAUCCAGGGGCACAGCUUGCUGGGGGCGCCCAAGGCGGAGCGUGGCCGCAAGAAGAUCAAGGCGGAGAACCCAUCGGGUCCGCCUGUCCUCGUGGUGCCCUACCCCAUCUUGGCCUCAGGAGAUAUUGGCAAGGAGGGCAAAACGUACAGGUGCAAGGUCUGCCCGCUCACCUUCUUCACCAAGUCCGAGAUGCAAAUCCACUCCAAGUCGCACACGGAGGCCAAGCCGCACAAGUGCCCGCACUGCUCCAAGUCCUUCGCCAACGCCUCCUACCUGGCGCAGCACCUGCGCAUCCACCUGGGCGUCAAGCCCUAUCACUGCUCCUACUGCGAGAAAUCCUUCCGCCAGCUCUCCCACCUCCAACAGCACACCAGAAUUCACACCGGAGACAGACCGUACAAGUGCCCCCAUGCCGGCUGUGAAAAGGCCUUCACGCAGCUUUCCAACCUCCAGUCUCACCAGCGGCAGCACAACAAAGACAAGCCGUACAAAUGUCCCAACUGCUACCGGGCAUACACAGACUCUGCGUCGCUGCAGAUCCACCUCUCGGCACACGCGAUCAAGCACGCCAAAGCCUACUGCUGCAGCAUGUGCGGGCGAGCCUACACUUCAGAGACCUAUUUGAUGAAGCACAUGUCAAAACACACGGUGGUGGAGCAUCUAGUGAGCCAGCACUCGCCUCAAAGGACGGAGUCCCCCGGCAUCCCUGUGCGGAUCUCUCUCAUCUGAAUUCUGGGGAGACCUUCCCCUUGUGUGGCACCCCCUCAGAUUCCGGAUCCGGAAGGGGAAGGACAGGACGGCUCGGAAUACGAUCCCACAAUCCACAGGUUCCGCACCACCUUUUCCACGUCCCUCCUGGCACAUAGUGCUUCUCCCUUGCAGCCAGAAGAAAAAGACCAAAUCUGGCUGGCAAGAAGCCUCGCCCGGACUGUGCUCGGGGGAGCGGGGCAGCUCCUCCUUCUGCUUGGGUGGCAGCCAAAGACGAUUCCAGAGCACUUUGAACUGACACGCCUCUUUCCUCCCCACAGCGCACAUGGGCACCCUUGCUUUGGGGUCUUCUCUGUGGUCUCUUUUCAGCCGUAGGGAUUCCCCUCACCAUUUCUAAUUUUGGAUACAAAAACGUUCUCUCCGUGAGCCCGCGACAGAGAAUGUCACAAAGGCCGGCCACGGACUCCUUCCAGACUUGCCCCGGGCCCUCCUGGACGGGAACGGGCCGGUGCCGUAGCUGCUGCUCUCUGCCGAUGGUGCCCACAAGUCCUGGAUGCGGGCCCACCUCAUCCGGCCUCCACAGGUUCCGUCACUGCUCGGCUCCCGGGCCAGGAAGCGCAGAGGGCACCGCGUCCCCCUUUCCAAGCCUUUGGAAGACUGUACGGUUGGUUGACUGCACGGCACACCCGGCACUGCGAGGGAUUGGUGGCUGCACCGGCGUGUCUCCCUCUCGGCAGCGCAGGGCUCCUGCUGCCAGAGCCUCAGCGGCAGCUGAGCCAGUGGCUUUGCAGCCCCCCGCCCCACCCCCCCGGUCUGAUGGACCCCAUGUUCAGCACUGGACAUGGCUGCCGCAGAGCCCAGUUGGCUUUUAAGCAGGGCGCUGGGUGGGGAGAGGGGCGUCCGGGCUGGGGUGGGAGCGGACGCACACCUGCUGGAAGCGCCCGACUGUGCCUGUUUCUGCGUGGGGCUCUGGCCAGCCCUCCUGCGCGUCACACGCUUGGCUCAGCCAGCGGCAGCUCCUGUCCUGCAUGCGCCGUUCUGUGUUGGCCCGAUGCUUGCUGGCCAGGCGGAAUGGGCGGAACACACGAGGAAGCCGGCCAGUGUCGCGAGGGCGUCCCGAUUCCCGGGGUCCCCCCGCCUGCCCGCUUGUGCAGCUCGGCACAUGCCCGCCCUUCAGCCGGGAGGCCCCCGGGCCAGGCGGACUCCGCUGGGAUUGCCAUCUGGUGCCUGAGCCAGCAAGCUUGGCCAGCAACGCGCAAGAGGUGCCCAAAAGCCCUGGCUUCUGGGCUCCCUCGGAGCGCAGUGGGAGGCAGGCAUUUGCCGGGCCCUGGGUGAGCCACGAUGCCCGGGGCCGUGUCUUCCGAACCACCUUCCAGCGUUUGGGGCAAGUCUUUCCCAAAGGGCUGCUCUUAAAGAACGCGGCACCCCACAGCUCUGGGUGCCGCUGCCAGGAGUGGUGGGUCUUGGGAGAGAGAGUGUCCCUGAGCUGAUGAUCUCUCCCACGCACCCCUUCUUCCGCAACGCUCUCGGAGCGGGAAUCGCAGGGCUGGCUGCUCCAUCCCCGGCCAAGGCCUUGGAAGCUUCCAAAAGCAGCAGCAGGGGGUGACAGAGGGACCCCAGCUACCUCCACUCCACACUUCCUCCGUAGGUAGACCCCCAAAGAACAGAGGGGUCGGCCAGUGGGUCCCUCUCCGUGAGCCCACGCAAGGGAAGAUGAAACUGCCACACACGGCCGGGCCCUCCAGCCCCCCAGCCACAAACACGCGCGUUCCCGUGUCCAGAACGGGACGUAGCAGCUCGGGGCGAUUCCCUGGUGGGCCGCACCAGAACGCCCCGUGGGAAGCCACCCCACGGUCUCCCCUGCGCAGCUCCCAGUGCAGAGCAAAUGAUGGUUUUUUGUGGCUUUUAGCAGUGUGUGUGAUGUCACGACACACCUUGACCCAGGCCGCUUCACCAGGUCCUUAGCCUCCCAUCCUGAGCAAAGCAGACAGUGUGGGGGGAGGAGCUUACCAACCCCCCCUUCCAAAAAACCAACAACUUAAAAAACACCUUUUUUGGGAUAUGAAUUAACUGUAUUUUUUUUUUUUAAGAAAACACUUUUUAAGCCUUAAAAUGUUAUCAUUUUUUAAAAUCAGGAUGUUUUCAUUGCUGGUCAUAUUGAUUUGAUUUGCUCCUUUUUCUGUUUCCCUUCUGUCUCCCUCUGUUUUGAAUUGACGUUGUAUGAUAUUCAAUAUUGUAGCCUUUUAUUUCCUUUUUUGGUCCGCAUGUUAAUAACUGUGUAAAUAGGGUUCUUAUACAUGAUGUUAACAGCUCUUUUUUUCUAUAUAAAAGCCCAGGACACAUCUAGCUAGGUUCCUAGUUAUUAUCAUACCUUAUUAAUGAAAAUGAGAGGAAAAGCAUCUUUAAAAGGGUCUCUCCCUCCCACCCCACCUGCCACCCUUUCCUCUCAAGUCUCGCAUCGUGGUUAAAGACAACAGGUGGGGGACGGAGCACUUCCUGCUCCCAAAAGCCGUUGGCAUUGUUUUAAAAUGGAAACAAAAUAAAAUUGCUUUGUAUUCUCUGUUGUGGAAAAAAAAAGAAUAAAACAGUCUUUGCAA